UUUUUUUUUAAGCAUGUUUUCAGCGCCCUGACGAUAACAAACUGUCUACUACGAGUGCUUGAAAAAAAAAAAAUCGCGAUUGUCAUUAAUCCGAUUCUAAAUCGAUUCAUAAUUUUCGACAAGCCGUUGAAAAUAACUAAUACUACAUUUUUUUUGGUGCGUGUUUUAUUAAUCUAUUUUUGAAAAUGAAACUAUUAUUGAUUUUUUUAUUUUUAUUAUUGAUACUGUUAUUUUUAUUAAUUUUGGGUUUUCCUUUAUUUUAGUAUUUGUCACGAAUUGGCAUGGCGAGGCGUUUUGUGAGCCUAAAAAUGCCAAGGCGGCACGUGAAGCGUGGCACAAACACUUAAAUCUCUUGGCGUAGCGUGAUACAAGGAAGCAAAACAAUUAACUUGCCACACGGACAGUUAGUAAGGGAACGUGAAGCGAACAUUGGUCCUGCGCUGACUGGCCGUCGAGACUGGCAUAUAAAGGGGCUUGAUUGGGAUUGGCUGCAGGUACAUGUCCUUAUCAUCAAACUGAGACCGGUGUGCACACUCAGCGCUCCUAGCAACGAGAAGAGGCCGGAGCUGUGAACAGUGGCGCCAUUGACGUGCAGCAGCAGUCCAUUCGCUCCCUGGAGGAAAGGAAGGAGCAGCAGUUUGGAAAGUUCCCAUCACUCACCUUGACUUAUGCGCUCAAAGGUGUGAGGCAACUUAGGCGCCUUUUGCUCCCUUUCCGUCCACGCACUCCAGUCCGGAGUGAAUCGGUGCUUCGGAUGCAGGCUGUAUGUUGGCUGCUAUGCCUCGGCCUGGUCGGGGUCUCCGCCGGAGCACAUCCGGACAUGGCGGCCCAAAAGUAUGGCAACCAGCGGAGUCGCAGAAAUGCGGGCGUACGCGGCCAGAGCUGGUUGGACAGCAACUGCAUGUGGCUGUCAAGGCUCAAAAACCAAAAACUGGAGGUGGUCAGUAAGCUGUCGAGGGCCGCGGAAGCUGUGAAGAAAGACCGAAGUCUUCCGGAAAUGGAGCGGGAUUUCCAGGUGUACAAGAUACAGGUUUUCCAGAAGGAGUUGAACGAGAGCGAGCAUAUGGUGUUCCAGGCGUUGCACAGCCUGCAGAGGGCGCUGCAGGGAGACUACAAGGAUGUGGUGAACAUGAAGCAGAGCAGCAGGCAGAGGCUGGAGUCACUCAGGGCCGCAGCUAUACAGGAGGAGGAGGAGUACGUUCAACUGGUGGCGGCGGAGAAACACCAACAAGAGGCUGUGAAGAGCGUGCUUGCUCGGAAUAAGACCAUGUCCAUCGUGGACGAGAUCCUGGAGGAUGUCAGGAAGGCAGCAGACCGACUAGAAGAGCAGAUUGAGGAGCAUGCUUUUGACAACAACAAGCAGAUGCACGGCGUGAACGUGGAGGCGGUGCUGAGAGUGGGGGAGGACGAGGAGGACGGAGGCAAGAGGAACAUGUCCAGUCAGAGGGAAGAGGAGGAAGACCUGGGACUGAGCAUGCUCAUCGACUCCCAGAACAACCAGUAUGUGCUGACCAAACCCAGGGACUCUACCAUGCCGAGAGCAGACCAUCACUUUAUGAAGGAUUUGGUGUCGAUGGUGAUGUUGUCCCUGCCUUGCGGUUGGCUGUGCAAUCUGGUAGGUCUUCCCCCCAUGUUUGGAUACAUCAUCUGUGGCGUCCUCCUCGGCCCAUCUGGUCUCAACAGCAUCAAGUCCAUGGUCCAAGUGGAGACCCUGGGAGAGUUAGGGGUGUUCUUCACCCUCUUCGUCGUGGGACUCGAGUUCUCACCUGAGCGCCUUCGCACGGUUUGGAAGACAUCCGUUCAGGGCUCCCUCUACUUGUGUCUGCUCAUGGUUGUUUGCGGGUUGUUAGGUGGACAAGCGCUGUGCAUCCGACCCGCCCAGACCGUCUUCAUUUCCACGUGUUUGUCCCUGUCGAGCACCCCGCUAGUGUCUCGCUUCUUAUCGGGGGCCACUAAAGGGGAAAAGGAAGGUGCUUUGCUCGAAUACCUAUGCCCUCUCCCUCCUCAAAUGGUUGUCUCUGACACCAGUGAUGAUGAAGCGCCAUCAACUUCACCUCAAGUUUUAAAGGAGGGCAAAGAUGAAGAAACCACAUGCACCUCUUCAAGGCAGCUGGAGUCCACACCACUUAUCAGUGCUGAUCUGACCAAAGGUGACCUGGAAUACAGCAGUGUACUGCUCGGGACCUUAGUGAUGCAAGACGUUCAGCUGGGCCUCUUCAUCGCUCUCAUGCCCACCAUGACCAAGGUUCAGAGUGGAGACGCAGACAGCUUCGUGUUUGGAUGUAUGCGAGUGCUGUUCCUCCUGGCCCAGAUCCUGAUGUCGCUGGCUGCUGUGCUGCUCCUCUGUGUCUUGCUCAAGUACUUUGUGGUGGGCCCCUUUUACAAGAAACUACACGCCGAGAGCAAAGGCAAAAAAGAGAUCCUGGUGCUGGGGGUAUCGGCAUUUGUUUUUUGCAUGAUAUCGGUAACAGAGUUUCUGCACGUUUCCAUGGAGUUGGGCUGUUUCCUGGCCGGAAUGUUGCUGUCCUCCCAGGGUCACCUGGUCACUACAGAGGUCUUGGGUUGCUUUGAGCCCAUCCAAGAUUUCCUCGCCAUCAUCUUCUUCGCCUCCAUCGGUCUCCACGUCUUCCCCACAUUCGUACUGUAUGAACUCACCUUCCUGGUGGCUCUGACGCUCACACUCGUCAUCCUGAAGUUCAUGAUGGCCGUGCUGGUGUUGUCUGUCAUCUUGCCGCCCAGCUCUCGUCACAUCCGCUGGGUUGUCUCAGCCGGUCUGGCGCAAGUCAGCGAGUUCUCCUUCGUCCUCAGCAGCCGUGCGCGGCGUGCCGGCAUCAUCUCCAGAGAGGUGUACCUGCUGGUUCUCAGCGUGACCACCCUCAGCUUGCUGCUGGCACCGCUCCUGUGGAGAGUGACUACGCACAGAUGGGUGUCACGAGCUGUCUUGUGAGCAGCCCCCGUUUCAGGACCACAUUUUUGUGAAGCAUCUCAGACUUGACAUACUCAGUAGGAACCUUCUUUUUGAAGUAUAUACUCUCACUGGGGCAUAUUAAUCAUAACAAUGUCAAAAGAUACUUAAAAAAGUCACAUAUUGCAGAUGAGACUAACAUUCUUUACUUGACAAAUGAGGUAGUUAAAAGCAUUUACUGUGAUUUUAUUGCAAUAACCAAACACAAAAUAAUUCCUACAGCAAGUUGAGCAUUAGACUAAUUUGAGGAGUAUGAUGUCAUUGACUUAUUUCUGAGAAUGUAUCUGUCACUCUUUGCACAGGUGUAUCCUUUACUGACACCACCCACCAUCAUUCCAUGCUCUAUGCACUCUACCAGCUUAUUUGAGCUCAAAUAUAUAU